CAUUGGCUGUCAAUUCUUAGUGCGGCCAGCAAGGUUGCUGGUCGUGGCAGCAUGACAGACCGGCACGUAGUCAUUUUUUAUAGCAACGAAAACUUUUACCCGUGCCUCACUCACCUCUUGUUACUCACACGUACCGUCUCAGGAGAUCAGCAUGUCACCGUGGGUUAAACAGGUUUGCCUUGUUCUUGUGGCAGUGUUCAUGUUGUCCAGUACAACAGAGUCAAAGAAAGAUGAAGCAUUGUACUGUUCAGCCUGUGUGGCGAUUGCAGAGGAGCUGAACUAUUCAAUCAGUCAAACUGAUCCAAAAAAGACGAUUCAUGUUGGCGCAUUCAGACUUAAACCCGAUGGAAGUCUUGUGGACAAAAAGAUUCCUCUGGCUAGGUCUGAGACUUACUUAACUGAACUGCUGGAAGAAGUUUGCAAUAGCAUGAGCGAUUAUGCUCUCUAUGAGGACCCGGACACCAAAGAAAAGAGCUACAAGAGAUUUGCACCAAGAGUAAAUGAUGGCGGGAAUUUUCCAGAUUUCAAAAAUUUUAAGUUUGAUGGACCAGAGAGUUCCAGUGCCUUGAAGUUUGCAUGUGAAAGCAUUGUGGAAGAGUUGGAAGAUGAUAUCAUCUCUCUCUUCGCCAGUGAGGCUGGCCAUGUGGCUAAGACGUUGUGCAGUGAAAUAUCAGGUCACUGUAAGAGCUCUGUUUUCCAGCACAGCGAACUUUAGUUUCACAUGAGCGUCUGCUGAAGAACACUUCAAAACUUGGACCAAAAACUGAAGACAUCAAAUAUUUUCCUAUAGUAUGUUAUUGUUUUAAAUUUUGUAAGUAACUUAAAAUUAUGAUGAUAAAAAUUAUUUGACAUUAGUAAAGUGUAUUACAGCUGCCUCCACUGCAGAUUAGUGGGUACACUCAUCCUGUAUUAUAUAUAUAUAUAUAUAUAUAUAUAUAUAUAUAUAUAUAUAAAAACUACUGAACUACACUGAUGUUAAAUUGAUUUUAUUCCGAUGACUUGUAAUUGACAUGUUGAAUUCCUUAGUUCUUUUUAACCUCAAUUUAGUUUCAGUAAACUUGACAUGGCAUUAACGGUAUUAC